UCAUGGAGCCAUCCUCGUCAGACUACAGCGACGAGGAAGUGGGCGUUUUGGCUCGCGGCCAGAAGCUGUGGGUUCGUGGAGUCAGACCACACACCACGUGUGCAGACAUCGUGCGCGCACUACAAGAUGCGCCAGAAGCAGGCGGAUUAAGUGAGCAGUCCGAAUGGAUCCUAGCGGAGCGGUGGCGUGGUGUGGAGCGGCCUUUACCACCAGACGCGCCUGUCUCCUGGUGUUGGCAGCUUGGGGAGAUGCAAGACAUGAGGUCCGCCUAUCCCUCCGUCGCGCAUCCAGCGGUGAAGAGGAUUCCGGUCGCGACAGCGACGGCAGCCGCAGCGGGCGGCGGCGGCGGCGCGGUCGCACCACCCCGCCCCCUCGAGCCAAGAGCGAAGACCCUGCUGCGAGGCUGGUGACCGUCAUACAGCAUCAGAGCAGGACUAUACAUCAACAGCUGGACAAGUUACGGGAACAAGAAAAGCUCAUCGACCAACUAGAAGACCAGACGCACAAAAGCCGUAUGGAGAAGCACGGGACCAACUACCUUCUAGAAUCAUACCUUCGAGACCUGGGCCGCAACACCGAAGUUAACGACAGUCAAGCAGCCAACAGCGACAGUGGCGUCGGCGUCGGCAGCGGCACCCCGCCCAGAAGACACACCAAACACAAGUCCAGGAGAGAAAGACACCUCAUGCGAGAACACUACUUCACUAAAGAACUCACCAACAUCUGCCAAGUCAACUCAGAAAGACUCACGCAAACACACAACGACACAGACUCGGACGCUUCAGCAGACGACCUUACAAAAAUAAGAGAAGAAAUCGAACUACUCGAAAAACUUGCAAUAAUAAACAAAAGACUACACCGUGAAGAGGAACUUGUCGUCAGACUUACAGCGAAAGUCAAAAGGUAUACAGACGAAAACAAAGCGAAUAGUUGUGAAAAUGUUUCUCAAGUAACAAUGCUGAUCGAUAAAAUAGAAGAAGAGUUAGCAAGAACAGCGAAAGAGAUGCAAGAUAACACCUUAGAGCUAACAAAAUCGGAGAGAGAAGUAGAGAUGAGAUUGAAACUCCUGGACGAAUUGACGUUACAGUUAGAGGAGGAAGAGUUACAGAACACGAUAUUGGAAAGACAGUUGAAUGAAGCGUCGAGUAGACAACCCAUCUUGUUGCAAGACAGCUACGUACCUGUUUUAGACCAAGGCACAGCGAUAGACUAUGGGGGACCCAGUUACGCGUUAGAUACGCUCGUAUGACAUUAGAUUAAACUGUGAAUCCAUCCCAAAGAUGUUUGAAAUUACCAGCGAACUCCUCGGAAAUUUUUGGGGACUUUAAUGUAUUUUAAAUCGGGUACAAAAAACCGACAAUGGAUCUCAGUUUUUACAAAUUUUAGUACCCAGUUCACAUUAAAAUUCUGCUUUAAUUCACUUUCAAAGGGAAUUGUAUUGCUACAAUGCCCAAUGGUGAUAAAUAAUAGGACAUAAAAUUAAUUGAAUAAAUUUUGGUACCUUUAGUUUUAGCUCACGAGAGAUCAAUAUUACAGUGAUAAGACUAAUUAGUAGUUAAAAUCCCAAAAGAGUAUUACAAAGUUAUGAUUUACGCCAUUAAGGCAUACUAAAAUAUCGAAGCAAUAUCAAUUGAUGUCUCUGUCUUCGCUCUCUUUUGAUUGGUUUAAAUUCGAGAGCUCUGAUUGGUUGAAAUAUUUGAACUCAAAUUGCUCACGAACAAAAUGUUUUAGUACUUUUAAAACCAAUAGUUAUAUUAUAACAUAGUAUAAGACAAUAACUGUGGUGCUUAAGCUGUUUAAUACCUAAGAAUGUUAUUUUACUGCGUAAGAACCUAAACGUAGUUAAGGCAAAAGAAAUCUACAAAAAUGCAAUUUUGACCUUUUGUAGACAAAAUAAGGUUCUAAUAUUGCUUAGAUUUAAUCCUUUUCACUUAGCUACGUCCAAAUAAAUAACGCUGCAAACAUUUUUAAUAUUCGAGUCCAAUACCAAAAAUAUAUGACAAAAACCACCAACUGUAUGUAAGUACGUAAGUUAGGGUGAUCAUACACUGAACGAUGUCACACUAUAGGUAUCAGGUGACAUUCUUAGCGAAUGGGCACCAUUAGGCCUAGUCAAAAUGACAUAUUUUACUGCUGAUUCAAAUAUGGAACACACACAAUUAUAUCAAUUAUACACCUACGGACUUUGAGAUCAAUUGUACCAAGUGAUUUAUGUUCCAUAUUUGGAACAUUGCAGUAGAGCGUUAAUAGGGUUUGUAAAAAAAUACUUGAACCAAGGCUAUUUCUAACAGGAUGAU